AUGCGGUGGAUACUUGAACUGGCUGUUGGCGUAUUUCUGGCUGCGUCAGCAAUCGCCAGCCCAAUUUCGCCAAGCACUGCGAACAAACGAUACUUCGAGGAGCAGGAUGGGAUCAAAUACAAUGUUUUCGAGCACAGCGCCACGAAGUCUAGAUUAUCGUUUGUCAAUAACUCGGGCAUCUGCGAAACAACACCGGGUGUUAAUCAGUACUCUGGGUACAUCUCGGUGGGUGAUGGCAUGAACAUGUGGUUCUGGUUCUUCGAAGCUCGCAAGAAUCCUCGACAGGCACCACUUGUAGCAUAUUUCGAGGGUGGGCCGGGGGACGCAUCUGAAUAUGGACUUUUCACCCAAAAUGGGCCUUGUCAUUUUGUCAAUAACGAAACAUUACCGUCUUUGAACCCGUACAGUUUCAAUAGUUACGCCAACAUGCUCUACAUCGACCAGCCAAUAGGUGUCGGGUUCUCAUAUGGUACCGCCAUUGUCAAUUCGACUAAAGCGGCUGCUCCUCUAGUCUGGAAUCUACUUCAAGCCUUUUACAGCAGCUUUCCCGAAUAUGAAAAUCGCGACUUUGGUAUCUUCACCGAGUCAUACGGUGGUCAUUAUGGACCCGAGUUCGCGAGCUAUAUCUUGGGCCAGAACGUCGCAAUUUCUCGAGGCGAUCUUCAUGCCGAAGAGAUCCGCUUAGUAGCCCUGGGUGUCAGCAACGGAUGGUUCGAUGCUACUAUUCAAGAAAAGGCUAACAUCGAGUACUUGUACAACAAUUCGUACAGACAGCUCAUUAAUGAGACCUUCUAUAAAGAGCUUCUAACGCGGUACGACACAAAAUGCAAGCCUACGCUUGAUCGAUGUACAGAUGUCGGUACGACUGAUGCUUGUUUUGCUGCAUGGAAGUCAUAUAUGGAUGAGAUCGAAUAUCCAAUAAUUGGCGUUCUAAAUAAAGACCAUCCAGGAUUCUAUCUCGGCGACAUUCGCGACCCAUCAUUUCGAGCCCCUUCGACACAUGUUGCAUACUUACAAAGACUUGACGUACAGGAAGCUCUUGGGGCAAAGGCAAACUAUUCGGAGCAGGCCGGGGCCGCAGGUUUCAUCUAUUCAGGUGACGAUGCACGUUCAUUCAUGACCCAACUCUCGGCUGUCGUGCAAGCAGGUGUCAGGGUGGUGGUUUGGACAGGUGAUGCUGACUACGUCUCUAAUUGGCCCGGGACUCUAAGAGUGGCAGAUUCAAUUGAGUGGCCCGGAAAGAAGACGUUCGCGAACCAGGACAUGACACCAUACACUCUCAACGGUACGCAAAAGGGAGUAUUCAAGUCUCUCGAUAAUUUAACUUUCAUGCGUAUCUUUGAAGCAGGGCAUAAUGUGCCGUUCUAUCAACCGGAAGCUUCACUACAGAUAUUUGAACAAACUAUGAAGACAAGCGGCAUAAUUCCUACUUAG